AUGAAGGUCGUAUACACCCUUAUAGCAGCUUUAGCAAGCUUUGCUUCAGCAGAAGUCUACAGCGGGUCACUCUAUGUUUACGGAGACAGCACCACGACUGAGGUCAACAAUCUUCAGGUCUUCUCAAACGGAGAAACGAUCUAUCUGGGCGACUCCAAGGCUCUAAAUGAUCCCGAAUAUGCACCUGUCAUCUACUCCCUGGACCUCGAUAAUGUUGUCACUGCGCCAAUCUACCUCAACCCAAACACCACCGGCCUUGCCCAGAAGCCCACCUGGUCGAACCGCAUCUUGGCUGAGCCCAAUUACACCGGGGCAAGCGGGCUCAAAGCAGUCGCGCUCGACCCGAACGCGGCGAAUCUUGCCGACUAUAGGACCAAGUGGUUUGCUUAUCACAGCCUCAUCUUCUCCGUUGCUGACAAUGGUGAUGCCUCCUACUCCGGGAGGGAGUAUGCCGAGAGGUCGGCCGUAUCGGGAGUGUGGGAUGUCUAUGCUUACUGGAUUGGCUCGGCCGAUAACCACCGCUUUAACUUCAGGACUGAUCCGAUUGUUUGA